UCAUCCCCAACUUGCCGCCUUUAUCGAGAAAAUAUCCCGCCGUUCGAGCCUGUGUUGUCUUCUCGGCCUCCUUCAAUCUUUUUGCAUGGAAGCGGACGUCGUUGUCUUCGAAGGCUCCUCGUCCUGACGAAUCUCUUAAGGUUCUCAAUCUGCAGAUUCGACAAGUUAGUGCAAAGUGAAACUUACAGGAUCAAAAUGGCGACGAAAGAUGAUGCAUUGAAGAUCUCUUUUUUGAGUCAAUUGAAAAAGUAGGAUCGACACCGUCAUUUCGAUUGAGAAAAGGUUUUUUUUUGUCGAUUAGGGUUUUCGGAAUGGCUUGGACAAAGGUUUUUGUAGCUGGGAGGCGAGCAUGGGUUGCCUGCGUUGUGCUUUUUCUGUUGUUGAGAUUUGCUGCUGCAAAUGUUGUGUUGGUCGGGAGGAACAUAUCGAAGUCCUUUGUUGAUGUUGAUGCGACCUUCACUCGGCCUAUCAGCGAAUCUGGUGAAGCUGGGUUUUUGUAUCUUGCUGAACCUAUUGAUGCAUGCGCUCAGUUAAAUGUUUCAGUAGCUAAUGGUUCAACAUCUCCAUUUGUUUUGAUAAUAAGAGGUGGUUGCACAUUUCAUGAUAAAGUUAAAAAUGCUCAGAAUGCUGGAUUCAAAGCUGCCAUCGUAUAUGAUAACAUACACAGUCAUGGAUUGGUAACAAUGGCAGGAAGGUCAGAAGACAUAAACAUACAUGCUGUGUUCAUCUCCAAGGCCUCAGGUGAGGAACUAAAGAAAUACGUUAAUCAUACUGAUGUGCAGUUGUGGAUCAUUCCAUAUUUCGAAAAUUCGCCAUGGGCUAUAUGGGCUAUCUCUUUCACAUCAUUGCUGGCUCUGUCUGCUAUGCUGGCUGCAUGCUUUUUCGUACGGAGACGCCGCAGUAGCCAUCUUCGACGGGGAGAUUCGCAAGUCCAUGUUUUCCAUGGAAUGAGCAAUCAGUUGGUCCAAGUGAUGCCAAGCCAGUUGUUCUCAAAAGUUUUGCAAGGUGACAGCACUUCAAAAACCUGUGCUAUUUGUCUCGAGGACUACAGAGUUGGUGAAAAGCUUCGGAUUCUGCCUUGCCAUCACAGAUUUCAUGCAAAUUGUGUUGAUUCCUGGCUUACAAUGUGGAGAACAUUCUGUCCUGUGUGCAAGCAAGAUGCCCAAGCAAGCCAUGGCAGUGUUCCAGCUUCUGAGACGACUCCAUUUUGCAUGCCAAGUGCUUCAUCGUCUUCUCCACCGGAUGCUUUACGAUCAACUUUGCCUUCUUUUCCUGUUCCCAACUCCACCUCAAUCUCUACCAGCUUUUCUAACCAACUCCUUAUCUAGCAUUGCUAACACUCUCUUAAUUAUAUAGACUAAGGCUUCGUUUGGGACGAUUUUCUUACUGUUUCUUAAAGCAGCUUUUUAGUAUAAAUUUUUUAAUAUUUGUACUAAAAAACAGCUUUAAGAAGCAUGAAGAAAACCGGCCCAGAUGAAGCAUAAGGCUAUAGAUAAUAUCAGAAUUUAUCAACCAGCUACUUUGUUUUCAGAUUAUGACUUCGUUUGGGACGGUUUGUUUACUGUUUCUUAAAGUAACUUUUUUGUAUAAAAAUUAAAAUUUUUAUAUUAAAAAUUUGUUUUAAGAAAUAAGAAAGUCGUCUCAAAAGAAGCAUAUAUCUAAAGUUUCAGAACCUCUGGCCUCUAUUAUCUUGAAUGGGGCUCGGGCUGAUGAGGUCUAAUUUUCCCAAGUUUAGGAACCCUUUCUCUUAGAACUCUUUGGAUGCAACUAGUUAUAAUUUUGUUAUUUUUUAUUUCUAAAAUAUAGUGCAUUUGGAAUGCUCAGAAUUA